AUGGAGAUGUCAAAGACCAACAAGAUGUUUACUGAACUUCAAAAAGGGAGAAGAAUGGACCAGAAGAAAAGUGGCAAACCAAGUUCACCACUUUUCUUUCCAAGGAAAGAGGGUGAUGAAGAGGAAGAAUUAGAAGAUAAUACUCGUUCUUUAAAGCUUAUUGACAAUUCAGGAUAUGUACGAAAAAGAAAGCAGUCAAAAAUAUUACGAUUUAUAAACUACGAUGAACAGACAGAUCAAGAAAAUUUCAUAAGAGAGAACGUUAUGCUAUUUAUACCUUGGCGAGAUGAAUAUCAGAUGAUUGCUUCAGUAAAACCGUUAUUUUCACAAUAUAGUAACAUUAUUAAAGAACGAAGACCAGAAUUUAUUUUUGACAAAGAUAUCGAGAAGAUUUUGAAUGAUAUAAAAAUACAUUUAGAUGAAUCAAAUAACGAGAAUAAUGAAGAAGAACACACUCCAAGUAAUUUUGAAGUGUUCAAUAAUCCAACUUGUGAAGGAGAUGUAGCUAUUGACUUAGCUGGUUUGACAAAUGAAGAUAAAAUAUGCAAAGAAAAAGAUUUAUAUUCCGUACCAGUACCCCGAUUAAUUGAUGAAGAAGAAUAUAUUAACUUAGUAUGUUCUCUUAAUGAAAGACAACGAAGAUUCUUAUUACAUUCAUUGCAUUGUUUCAAGAUAAAACAAUUGCCUUUUUAUAAUUGUGUGAUUGGUAGAGCUGGUGUCGCUGCUUUCGGAAUCAAGGGAACGACAUUACAUUCUACUUUUGUACUGCCUCUGAAUCAAUGUUCCGCGAAUCUUUGCCCAUUAAGUAGUAGUACAAGAAAUACGUUAUUAGCUAGACUAAGAGAUCUCAAACUUAUUAUUAUUGAUGAAAUUAGUAUGGUUGGUUCAAGAAUGAUACAAUAUAUUGAUUGUCGGUUAAAACAAAUUUUCCAAACAUCGAAAGCUUUUGGUGGCAUAUCGAUUAUUGUAUUUGGAGAUUUUAAUCAAUUAUCCCCAGUAGGUGAUAGAUAUAUAUUUCAAUCUCAUAUAAAAGAUCUUUACGGAGAUAUUAUCGGCAAUCCUUUAUGGAAUUUAUUCACAAGUUUUCAAUUAGAAGAAAUAAUGCGACAAAAAAAUGAUUUGAAAUUUGCAAAAGCUCUCAACAAUUUAGCUAAUGAUGUAUUAUCCCAAGAAGAAUUUGAUCUAUUUGAAUCUAGAGUAGUAUUUAAUGAAAAUGAUGUUCCUAAUGAUGCUACUCAUUUAUUCCGAACUAACGUUGAAGUUGAUGAAUAUAAUAUGAAGAUAAUUAAUAAAGAUUCAAAAAAACAAUCCGUUUUUGCACAUGAUAAAAUUUCAGGUAAAGCCUCCGAUAAAAUGAAUCAAAAAUUGCUUAAUCUAUCUAGGACUUUAGAAGUAAAAGGUGCUCAAGGAUUACCGUCACAAUUAUUACUCAGUAUAAACAUGAAGUAUAUGUUAACCGUAAAUAUUAAUGUAGAAGAUGGUCUUGUUAAUGGUGCAGUAGGGAUAUUGAAAGGACUUUCAGACUUGCUUCCGAAAGAUGAGCAAGAAAUGAAUCUUUUAAUCCAGCCUACAUAUAUCGUUGACGGAAAGACGAUGGUUAAAUUCGUUCCUGUGCAUGUUAUCCCGGAAUUGUCAUCACAAAUUGACCAUCUCGAAAAUCAGUCACAUCUAGAUAUCCAGAAUGAAGACAGCACAUUGAAAGAAUUUUAUUGGAUCGAGGACAAUGAUUUUGAUGGAAAAACUGACCUUGAUAAUGACGAGCAGUCUGCUGAUGAUGAUGAUAAUGAUGAACGGCUUAAUAAUGCUAUGAAGACUGACUUAAAAGAAUUGAAAGUUCCUGAGACGGUUGCUGACCAUUCAAAUGAUCCUACAAAUCAAGAUCAUGACCAGGUAAUUUCCAGCCCGGUCAUUAUUACUGAAAAUAGGAGCGAGCAGUUUGCUGAUGAUGAUAAACGGCAGGACAAUGCUAUGGAGACUGACUUAGAAGAAUUGAAAGUUCCUGAGACGGUUGCUGACCAUUUAAAUGAUCCUACAAAUCAAGAUCAUGACCAGGUAAUUUCCAGCCCGGUCAAAAUUACUGAAAAUAGCAGCGAGCAGUUUGCUGAUGAUGAUAAACGGCAGGACAACGCUAUGGAGACUGACUUAGAAAAAUUGAAAGUUCCUGAGACGGUUGCUGACCAUUUAAAUGAUCCUACAAAUGAAGAUCAUGACCAGGUAAUUUCCAGCCCGGUCAAAAUUACUGAAAAUAGCAGCGAGCAGUUUGCUGAUGAUGAUAAACGGCAGGACAACGCUAUGGAGACUGACUUAGAAGAAUUGAAAGUUCCUGAGACGGUUGCUGACCAUUUAAAUGAUCCUACAAAUCAAGAUCAUGACCAGGUAAUUUCCAGCCCGGUCAAAAUUACUGAAAAUAGCAGCGAGAAGUUUGCUGAUGAUGAAAAACGGCAGGACAAUGCUAUGAAGACUGACUUAAAAGCAUUGAUAGUUGUUGAGCCAACUGACUAUUCAAAGGAUCCUACAAAUCAAGAUCAUGACCAGCAAAUUUCCAGUCUGGUCAAAAUUACUGAGAAUAGCAGCGAGCAUUCUGCUGAUGAUGCUAAUCCUCAUAACAAUGCUAUGAAGACUGACUUAAAAAGAUUGGGAGUUGCUGAGCCAACUGACCAUUCAGAAAAUCCUACAAAUCAAGGUCAUGACCAGCAAAUUUCCAGCCUGGUCAAGAUUAUUGAGAAUAGCAGCGAGCAUUCUGCUGAUGAUGCUAAACGGCAUGACAAUGCUAUGAAUACUGACUUUAAAAGAUUGGAAGUAGCUGAGCCAACUGACCAUUCAAAGGAUUCUCCAAAUCAAGAUCAUGACCAAAUAAUUCCCAGCCCGGUCGAAACGACUGAAAAUAACAGCAAGAAGUCUUCUAAAAAACUACGACAUUACAAUACGCGUGCAAUAACUGGUGGAUUCAUCAAGGAGCCAUCGACGAACCCUAAUCUGGAGCAAUCGACAAAUACAAAUUCUCGAAAACGGCCAGCGAGAACCGCAAAAUGCGUUGCUUUAAGCAAACUCCAUAACACAAAAAAGACACGCUGCAGGAAAUUAUUAUUUCAUUGA